AGGCUGCCGUCAGCGCCCCCCGUGUGCCGGGCGCCGGCAGCACUUCCGCAAACGUAAUUGGAGUCGGGAAAACAAAGGCGCUGCCCAGGGAGCCCUCGCCCGACGCCAGUUGCCGCCGGAGAAGGGGGAUGAGGGAUGGGCCCGGGUGUCCAGGCCCUUCUCGGCCCAGCCCCACUUGCGUCCUUGGCACAAACGUCUCUGGGAGAAAGGCGGAGAUGAGAACCUCCACACAGUCCCAGUGACAAGGACAUGGCCCUGCUUUGGCAGAAGGAGGAAAUUGAUAUUGUCAGUCUCCCCAGAUCAACAGUCAAGAUUUUAAAAGUCAUAAGCCUUCUGAUGGUGGUGGUGAGCCAUGGCUGCAGAUGAUAAAGUUGCUAUCUUAACUGAUGAUGAGGAGGAGCAGAAGAGAAAAUAUGUGCUUGCUGAUCCCUUCAAUGGAAUUUCCAGGGAACCAGAACCACCUUCAAAUGAAACGCCCUCCUCCACAGAAACAUCUGCUAUUCCUGAGGAGGAAAUAGACUGGAUAGAAAAACAUUGUGUUAAAAUAAACAACGAUCUUCUCAUUUCCAAGGUUUUUUAUUUUUUCUUUUACUCUGCCUAUGGUUCUCUUUACCCACUUUUGCCUGUGUAUUAUAAACAGCUGGGAAUGUCGCCAAGCCAGAGUGGACUGUUGGUUGGUAUUAGAUACUUCAUUGAAUUCUGUAGUGCCCCCUUUUGGGGUGUGGUUGCAGACCGCUUCAAAAAAGGCAAAAUUGUCCUUCUCUUUUCUCUUUUGUGUUGGGUUUUAUUCAACCUGGGCAUUGGGUUUGUCAAACCUGCUACCUUGAGAUGUGUACCAAAGAUUCCCCCAACAGCUCACCCCACCAAUGCAAGUCACCUGUUAACCGUCUUGCCAACAAAUUCUUCUGCUAUCUCUUUCCUUACUAUAUCACCAAAAACGCGUGAGAAAAGGGACUUGUUUCCUCCCAGUGGGCCCCCAGUGUUAGAAACGGGGCCCAACAUCUUAGAUGCUGAUAUCCUUACGACAGCUUCAACCAAGGUCCAUGAACCCACUCUGCAGCCCCAGAUAGAUGAAAUCACUGACCUUGUGAUGGACUUGAGCCUGAAUACAAGCACAGCAACCCUUACCCCCACGGGGAAUGUAACCAGGGAGACAACCACUGCUAUUGUCACUACCACCAAACCUUUACCUUCUGACCAAGUCACUCUUGUUUAUGAUCAGCAAGAGGUUGAAGCUAUAUUCUUGGUGAUCUUGGUAGUUGUCAUAAUCGGAGAAUUUUUCAGUGCCUCUUCUGUCACGAUUGUAGACACAGUAACCCUCCAGUAUCUGGGAAAGCACCGAGACCGCUAUGGACUGCAGCGCAUGUGGGGCUCCCUGGGCUGGGGCCUGGCGAUGCUGUCCGUGGGCAUCGGGAUUGACUACACCCACAUGGAAGUUCUCGUGGAUGGCAAGGGGUGUAAGCCCCCUGAGUACCGGAACUACCAGAUCGUCUUCAUCGUCUUCGGAGUUCUCAUGACGAUGGCCUUGAUUGUGGCCACCCAGUUCCGUUUCCGCUACAACCACUUCACAAACAGUGACAGCAAGGGGAAAGAGGUGGAGAUCCCUCAGGUGGAAAGGAACAACUCCACCGAGUCCUCCGAGGAGACACCCACCACCACGAGCCACUCGCAGACCUUCAACUUUUGGGACUUAAUCAAACUGCUCUGCAGCGUGCAGUAUGGCUCAGUGUUGUUUGUGGCUUGGUUCAUGGGUUUUGGAUAUGGCUUCGUGUUCACCUUUCUCUACUGGCAUUUGGAAGACCUGAAUGGAACUACGACCCUCUUUGGGGUCUGUUCAGUCCUAAGUCACGUGUCUGAGCUGACAGCUUAUUUUUUUAGUCACAAGCUUAUUGAAUUGAUUGGCCAUAUCAGGGUUCUGUACAUUGGCCUGGCCUGCAAUACAGCUCGCUAUAUUUAUAUUUCCUACCUGGAAAAUGCCUGGACUGUCCUCCCCAUGGAAGUUCUUCAAGGAGUGACACACGCGGCCAUCUGGGCAGCAUGUAUUUCUUACCUCAGUGCAGCUGUUCCCCCGGAGCUGAGGACGUCUGCACAGGGCAUCCUGCAGGGCCUUCACCUGGGAUUGGGGAGAGGAUGUGGUGCCAUGAUUGGAGGAGUGUUAGUCAAUUAUUUUGGGGCUGCUGCAACCUUCCGAGGCAUUGGCAUGGCCUGCCUGGUGAUCCUCCUGCUCUUUGCCCUGAUCCAGUGGCUGGCAGUGCCAGAUGAGGAAGAAGACAAGACAAUGUUGGCAGAAAGGAUUCCUGUUCCCUCCAGUCCUGUUCCCAUAGCAACCAUCGACUUGGUACAGCAACAGACAGAAGAUGUCAUGCCACGCAUUGAGCCCAGACUUCCACCCAAGAAAACCAAGCACCAGGAAGAACAAGAAGAUGUGAACAAACCAGCCUGGGGGGUCAGCUCCUCCCCCUGGGUGACUUUGGUCUAUGCACUCUACCAAAUUAAAGAGAUGAUGCAACUGACAAGAGACAACCGUGCUUCUGAGAUACAGCCUUUACAGGGGACCAGUGAGAAUCAAGAAAAUUCUCCAGCUGGUGGAGUCCAACCUGUCCCUAGUGAGACUCACCCUGACCCACCUAGAAACCAGCCAUCCCCUGACGCAGCAGCAUCUCAGACGCAGAUUAGCUCUGUUCACCCCAGUGUGGACCCACGUGCGGAGGAGAGUGGGGAGCAGCACACUCGGCCUGCCACUGGAGGAUGCUGAGGGACCGUGUCUUGCUCAUCUCACACCCUGCAUGGAAUUGGGUUCCUUGGCCAGACCCCAUCACAACUCCUGCGGAGGAGCCAGCACCGCAUACGCUUCUAAAUAUCUAAACUCAUUAACAUGGAAAACACACACACAUAAACACACACACACCUGAGCUACAGUACAUAUGGCAAGAGAAGGUGAACUUCCAUAGUCCCAUUGGAGUCACAGAAAGAUAAUAGCAUUCAGUGAGGACUUCCGUUCUUGGUUGGUUAGGUGAAUGACCACAGAACAUUUUUGCCAAUGCAGGAAGGCUGGAAACCAGCUGUUACACUAAGUAGAGGGAACACAAGUAUUUCAAGGUGAAUAUUGGUAUAAUUUCCCUCUUCUGAUUAUUUAUUCUAAUUAUUGUGUUCUUAAUGCCCACUGUAAAGAAAUAGAGAACAUCUAUAAUUUUUUUCUCUAGAAGAGAACCAUUUAAAAAAAUUGUAAGAUAUAUUAAAAGGUAAUCACAUGAAAGUAGUACUUAUACUUUUUUGUUUAAAAUUUUAAAAAGUUAAGUUUCAUCAUAAGUUUUGCAUAUCUCCAACAAAAUAUAUUUUUAUAUACGUAUGGUAUAUAUUGAAAAUAGUACUGAGCAGCAAAAGCUGUCAUUGACUACUGCAAGCUAAAUUGAGCUUUAAAAUGCCUUUUGUUUUAAAUGGGCUUUGAGAAUGACUAGAAAUGAGGGAAUAUUUCAAAGAAACUGACCAAGUCAGUAUCCUAUGGCUUAACAGGUAAGGGUUUACUAAAUAUAUUAUACUGGAAAUAGCUUCCAUCACUAUUUACUAUUUUAGAGGGAUUUGGGCUCUAGUUAGCUUAUAUAAUAAAAAAAAAAUCACUGGAUUCCUAAGGUUCCUUUAAUUACACAGUACUAUUUACAAAGAACAGUAUAAGAUUUAAGUGCCUGGGAGAGGGAUACAAUUUUUAAAACUUACCUAGUAGGUCAGUUUUGUUUGUGAGGUGGUAAAUAAGAAAUUGGGAAUAGAAAGGGUGUAACAAGAGGUACUUUCUAAAGAAUAAAGAAACAAAUCUCAGUGUGCUCUUUCCCAAGAAGAUAUAGUCAGACACUGGACAAUUAGAUCUGGGUAUGGGACUGUACAUAUUCAGCUAUCUUCAGAACAAUGGUUUGGUGAAUCAUGCAUAACGCUUGCUGCUAAAAAUGAAAGUGGAGGACUAGGGAGAGAGAGCCACUGCUUCAGCUGAAUGAAAGGCAAUUGGGAGAGAGGAAGGAACAAUUAGAAGCCAGCUCCCACCUUAGCCUCUGGUCAUACAGGAUCACGGUAAAUCCAGGGCCUCCCCAUGACACAGCUCUGCCCAGUACUUUAUCUGGGAGAAGAAAUUGUACACUUGGAUAUCUAGCUUCACCACAAAACAUAGCUUAAAAAGAAAUAGAGUUAAGCAAAUAGUUAUUUUUGCACUUGAACUGAAACGUACUGUACUGUAAAUUAUCAUGACUCAUUUUAAGUGACCUUUAAAAUCAGAUGUAUUUAUUAUGCUUGUGUAAUUACAGAAAUAAAGAAGUGGGUGACAGGCUGAACCUCGCCUAUGAAUGUACAGUAUGUAGAUUUGUGAAACUGACUGUAGGAAGUCAAAAACUUAUAUUGUAUCUUGUGUUUACAGUUCUGAUUUAUUUCUUUGAAAAGCCUGCUGUUUUGGAAAUGCACAGUGAACAUGUUGAAGUAAAAAUAAAACACAUUUUUAAAUAUUUCUUAAAUGAUAAAGAUGUGACCAAACAAGUAAAAGUCCUUUACUCUGUAAUGAAUGAGACCAAAUGCAACACACCUUUGUCAUGAAAUGUUUACUGUGGGAGUUGAUCCAAUAAUGCAGUAAUUUCCAGCCUUUUGAGCUGACACCUUCAUGAGUCUGUGGACUUUGUGACUUUUUCUUGUCUUCAAAGUGCCAUACAUUAAAGUGAAUUCAAAUUAAA